UGAGUAGACUGCCAGUCCUCCCAUAUGAGUGGGGCUGUCUCUGUGUGCUGUCUGCUCUCCCUUGCUCUGGCAGAGGGAGGACAGGGCUUCAUGAUCUCUGCCUGCUCUGUCUGGGGACCCCAAGACCCCUUAACCCUAGGAGAGUCUGUGUGGGAUGUAGGAAGCAGAACUGGAGACAAACUGUAAGACUCACAUCUGUCUUGGAAAACACAAAGUUAAGGAUGGCUUGGAGACAGGAGAUCUGCAGGGAAGAGGUUCCUCCGUCCACUGUCUGCAGAAAUGACCAUGACAGCAAAGAAAAAUUCCUCCAUCCUUCAGAAAGCAGGCGGGAAUAAAAUACCACGUGAUAUUUUGGAACGGUCUCAGUCAGUGUCACCUCCACCUGUAUUGUCUCCUGUCCGAACCCCGUCAUAUCCCCUCAGUGACAGUGAAGAAUUCAGCAGAACUGAGAGACCUUCCAACGUUCCAAGCACCAAGCUGGUCAUUAAGGACUGGACUCUGAGGGUGCCUAACCUACGAGAUUCCCGACUGCGAACCCCUGAUUCAUCCAAUCAUCUGCUUAAAUCAGCCAGCGUUGCGUGCUUAGAUAAAAGACUUUCUGUAUUUAAAGGUCCGAAUCUAAUAGAAAAUGCACAGAGUAACAAGGACGGUGAUGUGAUUGGCAACUGUCAGCUAAGCAGGAGCACUCUGUCCUUGGGAUCUGCUGCCAAUCAACGCAAUCGACCCCACAACAGAAACCCAGUCCGCUCGCAAGCACUUGACAUUAGGCGGAAAAUCUCAGAAUGGGAAUGCAGAAGAGAAUCCAACCCCAGACUGAGCUUGUUUGUGGACAAAGGAGACCCAGGCGACAGGUCUACCAGUGAAGGAUGUCCCAGCAUGCUGGCAUCGCCAUGCAGUGAAAAGACUUUUGAUUUCAAGGGAUAUCGGAGAAUGAGCAGAACAUUUUCCGAGUGUUCCUACCCAGAAACAGAGGAGGAAGAGGCUCUGGAUAGAGAUUCAUUCCACAGGUUCGAAAGACGAACAAGCAAGACUGAACCAGCCAAUGCUUUUGCAAGAGGACACUCCAAGAAGGAGUCUUCUGCUGUGCUCAACAGGAUCCAGAAAAUCGAGCAGGCCUUGAAGGAAAAUCCUGGCAUGGGCCUACCGCAGUUGCCCAGCAGUUGUUUUAGUGUUGACACUGGGAGAAAAAAGUCCUUUACGUCACCUACUUGUGACUUUUUUAAUGACACCUUGAUUAGUAAUAAAGCUGGAAAUGUAAAUAUUGUAAAUGAACAAGAACAUUUUCUUGACAAAAAUGGAAAAACAAGGCAAGGGAAUAGUUCAAGUGCAGUUUCAGAGAGUCCCGUAGCUGAAGUUAACCCUGUCCCCAAACCAAAACGCACAUUUGAAUAUGAAGCUGACCGAGGCCAUAGGAAUACAGCAAAUAAUGGCCUGUCUUCGUCACCUUCAUCAAUAUCGCCACCCCCCCUUCCUUCCACACCAGCACCGCCUGUCAGCCGAAAACCAAAAAAAGAUCUGCAUCGAAAAACAGCACAAAACAGGAAGUCUCUAGAAUUUGAGGAUGCUUCCAGUGUCCAGUCCUUGUGCCCACCCUCUCCUGUAGAAAACGGUACUGAGAAGAAACACAGAUCUGGUUCCAAAAGCACUUUAGAAGAGAACACAUAUGAAGAUAUUGUUGGUGAAGCGCCCAAAGAAAACCCCUACGAAGAUGUGGACCUGAAAGCACGACAUUUGGGCAGAAAGUCCCAGCUGUCCCCUGAAAGCCCCUUGGAACCAGCAAACAGGAUGUGGAGGCCACACGACAGGAAGUACACGACUCCUUCACAGUUGCCUUCUAAAGCCAGCAGCCAGUCGCUGAGAAUUGGAAGUGCACCUGAAAGGAAGAGUCACAGAGUGCCACGACUGCCGAAGCGCCACAGCCACGAUGAUAUGCUACUCUUGGCCCAGCUCACAAUCCCCCCUUCACCCUCCAGUCUAAACGAGGACAGUUUAAGCACGACUAGUGGACUCCUGGCCCGGAGAGCAAGGCGGAUUCCCAAACUUGUACAGAGGAUUAACUCCAUAUAUAAUGCAAAGCGGGGAAAGAAGAGAUUGAAGAAGCUUUCUAUGUCCAAUCUGGAGACUGCUUCAUUACGAGAUGAAAACAGCGAGAGUGAAAGCGAUUCUGAUGACAGGUUUAAAGCACACACACAGCGCCUGGUUCACAUUCAGUCCAUGCUGAAGCGCGCCCCCAGUUACCGCACCCUGGAGCUGGAGCUGAUCGAGUGGCAGGAACGGGAGCUCUUUGAGUAUUUUGUGGUGGUCUCCAUGAAGAAGAAGCCCUCUAAGAGCACAUACAUCCCUGAAGUCACAUACCAGUUCCCGAAGCUAGAGAGACCUACGAAGCAGGUACGGGAAGCUGAGGAGCGUUUGAAAGCGAUCCCACAAUUCUGCUUCCCCGAUGCCCGUGACUGGGUGCCCGUGGCAGAAUAUAACAGUGAGACCUUUUCUUUUAUGCUGACGGGGGAAGAUGGCAGCAGAAGGUUCGGAUAUUGCCGGCGGUUACUGCCAAGUGGAAAAGGCCCCCGUCUACCGGAAGUGUACUGUGUGAUCAGCCGCCUUGGCUGCUUCGACCUGUUCUCCAAGAUCCUGGAUGAGGUGGAGAGGAGGCGAGGAAUUUCAGCUGCUCUCGUAUACCCCUUUAUGAGGGGUUUAAUGGAGUCACCUUUUCCGGCACCUGGGAAAACCAUUAGAGUCAAAACCUUUCUGCCGGGGCACGGCAAUGAGGUGAUUGAGCUGCGGCGGCCGAUGGAUUCACGGUUGGAACACGUUGACUUUGAAUGCCUAUUUAAAUGUCUGAGCGUGAGACAAAUCAUCCGGAUCUUUGCGUCUCUGCUGCUGGAGAGACGCGUUAUCUUCGUUGCCGACAAACUAAGCACCCUGUCCAGCUGUUCUCAUGCUAUUGUCGCCCUGCUAUACCCGUUCUCCUGGCAGCAUACGUUUAUACCCGUUCUGCCCUCGUCAAUGAUUGACAUUGUCUGCUGCCCGACACCCUUCCUGGUGGGUCUGCUGUCCGGCUCGCUGCCUAAACUAAAAGAACUACCCGUAGAGGAGGCUUUGAUGGUGAAUUUAGGAUCCGAUCGGUUCAUACGGCAGAUGGAUGAUGAGGAUAAUCUGUUACCCCGGAAGCUGCAGGCGGCUCUGGAACAGGCUCUGGAACGGAAGACCGAGCUGAUUAAUCAGGAUUCUGACAGUGACUCUGACGAAGAGUGUAACACCUUGAAUGGACUGGUCUCAGAAGUUUUCAUUCGCUUUUUUGUGGAAACCAUCGGCCACUAUUCCCUUUUCCUAACACAGAAUGACAGGGGGGAGAGAGUCUUCCAAAGGGACGCAUUUCGGAAAUCCGUAGCAUCAAAGAGUAUCCGUCGCUUCCUGGAGGUUUUCAUGGAAUCACAGAUGUUUGCGGGUUUCAUUCAGGACCGUGAACUAAGAAAAUGCCGAGCUAAAGGACUCUUUGAACAGCGCGUCGAGCAGUAUUUAGAAGAACUUCCCGAGAGUGAACAGAGCGGAGUGAACAAGUUUCUGAGAGGACUUGGAAACAAGAUGAAGUUUCUUCACAAGAAAAACUAAAGGGCCCUGCUACCCCCCACAUGGACUGUCAGAUACCCAAUGACUAUUUAUGACACGAGCGCGGAGUCCGAACACUUUACAGUUCUGGCACAAAUGGAAUUAAGCUCUCAGAAGCUUCAGAACUUAUGGAAAAUGCUGCUUGAAGGAGCAUCUUCGCGAUGCGUCAUACCGGCUCACACGUUCGCCUUUAUAUAUUUGUAAAUAAUAUGCUGUAUGCUUGGUUUUUGCCUUUUUUAUUGUGACUUUUUUAUGAUGCAAAGAAAACUGUGUUAAAUAUGUUUAUAUCCCUAAGAGUGUCCGCGACUUACUCUCUGUGGUAUGACCCUGCGUGAUUUUCGGCGCAGGUGAAAAUCCGUUACUCUACAAAACCACUGAAACAUGAAGAAUGGAUCCUCGUGUGGACACUAAAGGAAUGACAUCUAUCUGAUCAUGUGAACCAAGCGGCAGGGGGAAUGGGUUCACGUUAUAUGGCGGACGUUAGAGCUACAUUUUAAUUGCGCUAUUCACAAGGAUGGGUUCUUUCAACUGCACGAAGGUUCAUAAAACAAUGUUUCUUCUUUUUUUUUUUUUAAUGGUCAGUAAACUGUAUACUGUACACUCUGCACUAUGACUACAAAAAUGCUGAAUCUCAUGGUAUUCUGACCUCUAUGCUGCAAAUUAAUAGGUACAGCCCUUCAUAGUGUAUGCGCAUCAAUAAACUGUGUAAAUAC